UGGCGUUAAGUAACCGCAUGCUCGUGCGCCUGUGCUGGUUGGUUUUUUAGUAAUUUAUUACUCGCAAAUUCUCGGAGCUGAAACACGGCUAUGCCUUCAAGUGAGAAAAGUUCAGAUAUGGUUAGCUUAAAAAUGUCUGCCACGUCUGGCAUGUGAAUUCAGGUGCAAUAUGAAGAAGGUAGGCGAAGAACCGAAUGAUACAAUAAUUCAGUGCCGUGAAUCUGCGACCAAAACAAGGUCGCUUUCUCUUUCUUUUCUCCGAAACGGAAUACCUAUAGUUGAUUGUGGAACAGAACAUUUGCCGUUUUGUAUGUGAGAUAAAUACGGGCGGAAUUGAUUCGGCUCGGGCAAGCAGUUGGUUACGAAAAAUCUGUGAUUUACUUAGUCAUCGACUGUAUUGAAAGGUUCGAAACAUCAAUUAAUUGUCUUCUGUGGCCGUGUUAAUUUGAAUUAAAACCUGCAAAGAAUAAUAAUCCCAGUUUCCGGCCGUAGGCACUGACCUUACAUAUCAUAGGCUCGCGUCCGCUGACUGCAAUUGCAACGAGUGAAAGAACCGGAUAAAUCGACUGUGUCACGCGGCUGUUGAAAAAUAGAUUGAACUGCAUUUUUUUUGGCGCUGCUAUCAAGCCGAACGCAACUUCAAUUUUGCGUCGAUCGUGUCGAUCCGCGAUACCGGAUUAUUUUCGGAACUUGUAAGUGAAUGCUUGUUUGCACAUAGGAAUGGAGCACGUUUUCGAUGUAAAUAGGUAGCAGCAGAUACCUUGCACGUUAGCAGUGUGCGAAUUGGAUACAUAAUAUGUCUAUGUGCAAUUUUAUAGCUGACUGGGAACUUACGAACUUAGUUAUUACUGAACCGGUGCGGUGCGAUGCUGAUUAGAGGUUUUUUGAUAAGAUUUUUUCAAGCGUGUUUGUAGCGAGCCGAGCGAGCGAACCGACAAACCGACAAACAGGAAGAAAUUGAGUGGUUAAGAGACUUGCGUCUUCCGAAAUUGCUGCUGCCGUCAACAGUGCCGUUUGCUGAAGAUAGCGCGCUGGCUUCCAGUCGCGAUCGAAUAAAAAGCCCGCGGGAUAGACGGAAAAAUGUAUUCGCUCAGUCGACGCGUGCUUAUCAUGUUGAGUGGAAGUGUGCUUAUAUCGUUACUAGUCGCGGUCACAGUGUACGGUGUUUACGGUGCUCCACCCCAGCAGAUUAACAGUAUUACCGUUGCUGAACGGUCCGAAGACCUGCCUUGCGAUCAGGAAGGUUCGGACUGUGGAGACGUAGGUCGUGCUGCCAGGGAUUAUGCGCUGAAGCAGGUACAUGUGGUCUUUCGACAUGGACAACGUACUCCGGCUGAUACCUAUCCAAAUGACCCACUAAUCAACCAGACGUUUGCUCCUUAUGGAUGGGGCCAGUUAACAAACUACGGCAAAAAUACGCUAUACGAAAUUGGAUCCUGGCUGAGGCGGCGUUAUGGACAUUUUCUGGGCCGGCUAUACUCUCCCGAUAAAAUCCACGCUCAAAGCACUGGAGUCUCGAGAACACAAAUGUCUCUGGAGUUAGUCCUAGCGUCAUUGUACCCCCCGCAAGGAACUGCCCUGGAGUGGAAUCACGAUCUUAACUGGCAACCAAUUCCUUUCAUCAGUGAACCCUUGGAUCAAGAUACGUUGUUAUUGGUUCGAAAGUCGUGUCCCCGGUAUCAUGAAACUCUUAACGCUGUACUGGAAAGUGAAGAAAUUCUGCAGCUAAUGAAUGAAAAUCAGGAUUUGUUCGAAAAUUUAACGAAAAUCACCGGCAUGGACAUUAAGACACCAGACGAUGUACAGUCUCUCUACAGCACACUUAAGGCUGAAUCUGAAUUCGGUUUGGCACUUCCAGAGUGGACUAAAGAGUACUAUCCGACAAAGCUUCUGCCGCUUACUCGACUAAGCUACAUGUUGAACGUUUACAACAGUGAACUGGUAAAGUUCAAAGGCGGUCCAUUCUUGAAAAAGACCAUUGCGGAAUGGGAUGCCGUGAUAGCGGACGAAUCCGAUCCUCGGAAUAAAAAAAUGUUCGUUUACGCCGGUCAUGAUUCAACGGUUGUUAAUAUUCUCUCAGCGUUCAACGUAUGGCACGAGCAACUUCCUAACUAUGCCAUUAUGGCACUAUUUGAGCUGCACAAAAACCGGCGGACCGGAGAGUUCGCGGUACGAAUUUAUCAGAAAAAUGUCGGAGAGCAGCUGAGCUCUCUGCAAAUUCCCGGCUGCGAAAAGUACUGUCCCGUAGAACGGCUGAAGUCGCUUCUGAGCAGUCACGUACCGAUCGAUCUCAGCCAAGAAUGUAAGGCGCACACAGCGGGCUUCGAAGAGCCACCACCUAGGGGACCAUGAAUCUCCCAGUAAGAUUUUACCAGAUGUGAUUUUUGUAGAGUUCGAAAUUAGUUUUAAAAAUAAAAACCCGUAUGAUUGAAGUGACUAGCUUUCUGGGAAGGGAAUAAACUGUCUUAUUCGAUUGAUAUUUCUAGUUUUAAACAGACCAUUUGUGUUCUUGGCUGCAGAAAGCUGAGUUUCUCAGGUAGUAGAGAAAAUAAAAUGAAACAUACGUUUUUCUAAGAAAAAUUUUAAGCUUGUACAAUGCCGAUGUCAAUAUGUAUUUUUUGCAAUUCAGCGUAUAUUACGCUACCGGUGCUCACCUUUUUAGGUAUCAUCGAAAACCUGCUAUCGAAUUCCUGAUAGGUACAUAAAAAUCGUUCGUCAUAAUACUCAAGUCUACCAGUCAUUGUUUUCCGCAAACUCCGUCUUCUUUGCCUUCU